AAAUGUUCUCUAAAUAUUGGCAUGAUCCAGAACAUCAAUGUCUUAGCGUGUACACACACACACACACACUAUAUCUAGCCGGAGAUAAAGUGAAAACAAAAGGUGUGUUUUUCAGCAGAAAAUAUGGAUGGAUGCACAUGAUCUCCAACAAUGUUAAUGUUUAAGUACUGAUCUGUUCUUAUUCACAUUUUUACCCUCAUGACAGACACUGUAUUAAUAUCUUCUACCAUCCAUGUGCCAUGAGUGAUUAAACAGGCACAUUCGGUACCACAGACUACAUUGCAAGUCACAUAAAUAUGUUUUGUCUUAUUUGUUAUGUAACAUUAACAUCUGCAUUGCAUUAGCCGUAUUUAUAUUUUAUUUACUCCAGAAGUCUGGAUGAACAAGUUGUUUGCUUACAGUUAUGCACAGAAUAAAAUGGAUAUUGAUUGUAGUCUGUGAUUGUAAGUACUGGUGCAACAAUGCGGUGUAUUGUAUACACAAUACACCGCAUUGGACGGUUCUCCUCAAAUGUGUGUGCGUGUGCGUGUGCCCGUGCCCGUGCCCGUGCCCGCCCUCAUGCUGGUGUUCUUAAAGGAGGGUACGAAGUGCCUGGGAGAGAAGCUAGCCUCGACUGUGGACGACACCCUGGAUGAAUAUUUAAUCGCCCUCCAGCAGAAAAACAGGAUCCUAAAGCGCCUUAAAGUCAAAGACUCCAGGGAGAUUGAGUUGGAACAGCUUGAGCAAGGUUUCUCCAUUUAUCUUAACGGAGCCAAUGCUGAAGACAAUAGGAAGCAACCCAGGAGCGUCACCUCCUCACCUGUUUGGAGACAUGCACGUACAGCAGAUGUCUGUCGAAGCGGCCGCCGGUUGACUGAAGACAGCGGUAAUGUGGAGCAGACCCACAAGAAGAGGAGCCACACUGCCCCAGAAAAAGUCCAGAGGAAAGAAUGGGUGCAGGAUUCGGUCAAAAUUCGAACCGAGGGAGGACCAAGUUUGCGGAUCUGUCCAGAAAAGCACUACUCUGAGGAUUUUGAGCCAUAUGAAAGCAUAGAUAUGGAGUGCUCCUGUCCACGCUCGCCUCGUAGUCCCCGCGCCCCGAGAGACACCUGCAAGGUGUCCCACUCCUUCAGCUCCAGGCACGAGAGCCAAGCAGGCAAAGCAAAUCAGGAGCACAACGAGAAGGUGCUUCUCAACCCCGAGGAAGUGAAGGUUCUGCGUCGGAGCCUGGAGGUUAGCAUGCGGCGAAGCAACCGCGGCUCGGCGGGGGAGGAGUCCGACGAAGAAUGGGUGGAGGAGCAGAUUGAGAGGGAGGAGAGCACCGAGAGUCUCGAUGAACUGGGGCUGCCUCUCUCAUCCUCCAAGUCCUCCUCCAACCCUCGGCCCAGUGGCUCCCGUAGCCAUUUUGACUCCUCAAACCUCAUUGUGCUGGACUUUGGACCCUCAACUAAAGGUCGUAACAUUGAACGCUCUCUGUCUGCAAAAAGGAAAGAACACACUGACACCUUUAUACCCACCAAGCCCAUGUUGGUGAAGAGCAAAACAUUAGAUAUGCCACCUUCCAAAGAAAUCUGGGAGGGUCAGAGGCCGAGGAGUCGGGUGGAGAGGCCGCUGUCGGCAGCCAGAAAGCCGUCUGCCGAGGAGCCCGACCCAAAGGAGAUGGCGUGCAGGGUGCGCCAGGCCAUCCAGAGAGAGAAUGAUCCCGUGCAGAAUCCUGAGCUCUUCAACCGCAACACGGGCAGGGGACAACAGAUAAUGAAUGGCUUAGUGCACCGCAGCAGCCACAACAAGGAGGAGAGCAGCGUCACUGUGGCCAUGCAGAGAAUUACGCUUCUGGGCCCCGGGCAACAACAGAAACUGCUGAAGGCCUUGGAGAAACUCGAAGCAGGACCCAACGACAACAUACCUCAGAGUUUUAAAACGGACUACAGCAAGCAACCGAGAAAGAUAUCUUCGGCUGAGGUCACCCCUGCGUUAUACGUUACCAUGGAGAUCCUGUCGAACUGGGGGAACGCUUUGCAGGUCGGGCUGACGGAGUUGCAAUUCUUCUGCCUCCGAAACAAGAAGCUGUAUGUGUCUCCUCACGACCUGGACAUCAGAAACACCGACUACCCCGGGAAUCUGGGGGCACUCGUCAACGGGAAGGUGAAGACCACCAAAGAGCGUCACAUGUGGACGUGCCCGCUCCACCCCCCUAUCCAGCUCUACUUUAUCAUCAGGAACACUGAGUGCUCCCCAGACUUCGGGAUGUCUUGCAUCAAAAUCUGGAACUACAACAGAAGCCUCAAUGAUCUUGACAUUGGUGCACGGCAUAUAAAGCUGUACCUUAACAGCACCUUGGUGUUUGAGGGUGAGCUGGAGAAGGGCUGCGGCAACCAGGUCUUCGACUACAGCACCACAAUUGACCUCCAGGAUUUCCAGGUUUCAGACGCCUUGUUUUCCAGCCCUGUGACCUCAGGACAGAAUGUACGGGCGACCAGCCCCCAGCACCAUGAGGGUGGGGAGGGCGGCAGCACCCAGCACCAGCGAAGUUGGAAUCAGCAGCCAUCAGACGCGGGCCAGGCGAUGAUGGACAUGCAGGAAAAACCACAUUCACUGCUCCCACCCAUCGCUCCUUCACCGGCGGGGGUUUCACCCUCAACUCGUUGCUCCUCCACCCAGAGAAACUCUUCUGACCCGUCGGUCUCAGAGGAGCCUCUCUCUCAGCAGCCUGCGCCCAUGGAGCAGACGGUCACCACCCAGCCGUCCUCCUCCCGGGUGGCCCCGCAGUGGCUGCAGCCCCUGAACAGAGGCGCUCCGGAGGGCUGCGAGGCCAGCAGGGAGAGGCCCCGGUGGCUGGUGCCUCAGCACUCCGCAGAGCCCAAAUCUCCCUCGGCCUCGUCGUCGUCCUCCUCGAUGCUCCCGGAGCUGCCGUGUAACCCUGGCCGGGUGUGUAGGAUAAUCGAGGGGGCAGCAAACGGGGGUCAUUGGAAGGCGGACUCUGACCUGCUGGAGGAGCUGGCGGAACAGAAGUCGGACCGGCCCGUCAGCGGGCGCAGGAGCUCCUUUCGAAACAGUGCCGUCAUUGCAAGGCACCCAGAGGAGCCGCAUCAUAACGCUGCUGCGCUGUCAACCACGGAGGAGCCAAUGUCGCUGAUGAACACGAGCAGGAGGCAGCACACCUCUCUCAGCCAACAGGAUGACACCCUCAUGGAGUCCUGGGACUCUCUGACUAAAUUCAACCAAUUCCAGCGCGGACGCAUCUCCAACAUGGGGUUCGAAGGCGACAUCUUUGACGAGUUCCUCCAGCGCCAGGGCCGUGGUCCACCGACAGUCCCGGUCAACCUCUCCACGGCACCCAGGAGCCCACAUUCCCCCGUCCCCGCGCAGGGGGCGCUGUGCGAAGGCCUCGAUGACGAUCCAUCCACGGAGCGGGAGGACGAGUUUGAGAUCCCCGUGCUGCCGCUGGGCCAACGGCUGGUGCUCAACAUCCUGUCCACCUGGGGCGAUCGCCACUACGUGGGCCUCAACAGCCUCGAGGUGUUCAGCUCCAGCGGAGCGCCCCUGCGGCCCGCUCACAUCUGCGCCGACCCGCCGGACAUCAACGUCCUCCCCGCGUACGGCAAAGAUCCGCGCGUGGUCACCAACUUGAUCGACGGUGUUAAUCGUACCCAGGACGACAUGCAUCUGUGGCUGGCGCCGUUCACGCCCGGUCGCAGCCACACCGUCUUCCUGGACUUUGGCGCUCCGUGCCAGGUGGCCAUGAUCCGUGUGUGGAACUACAACAAGUCACGUAUCCACUCCUUCCGAGGGGUGAAGGAGGUGGAGAUGCUGUUGGACGGGAUGUGCAUCUUCAGGGGCGAGAUCGCCAAGGCUUCCGGGACCCUGUCUGGAGAGCUGGACCAAUUUGGUGACACCAUCCUGUUCACGACUGACGAUGAGAUCCUGGAGGCCAUGUCUCGUUAUGAUGAAACCUUCCUCGGUGACGCUGAGGGUCCUGAGGGCCUGGUUGCGGAGGAGGAGCUGCAGAGGCCACGCACCGCGAAUGGAGAGGGGGAGGAGAGACCCUUCACACAGGCUGGCUUCCGGGAAGCAGACCUCAAAUUAAAACUCCACCUCAACCCCACUGUGAAUCAGUCCGAGGAAAACAUGGAGCUUAUUCCUGGGAUGUACACCGGAAAGUGCCUUCGACUAGAGCUGGUGUUGACGUGGGGCGACUCCCACUACAUGGGCCUGGCCGGUUUGGAGGUGGUGGGGAAGGACGGAGAGAGUUUACCCAUCGACAUCGGCAUGAUGGCGGCCUCUCCCGGGGACCUGAAUGACCUGCCCGAGUACGAAUGCGACCUGCGCACACUCGAUAAACUUAUAGACGGCCACAACAUCACCACUGAUGAUCAGCACAUGUGGCUGAUCCCGUUCUCCUACGGAGAGCCACACACCGUGGACGUGACAUUCAACAAGGCUCAGACUAUUACUGGACUCCGUAUCUGGAACUACAACAAGUCCUCUGAGGACUCUUACAGAGGGGUGAAGGUCAUCCACGUGUUCAUGGACGAUGUCGCCAUCUCCCCACCGGAGGGAUUCCUGAUCAGGAAGGGACCCGGCAACUGUCACUUUGACUUCGCCCAGGAGAUCCUCUUCAUCGACUUCCUCCAGACGCCCACCGACAACCGGAGCACGGAGGAGUUCCACAAAGGACGCUCUAAGAGGCAAGAACAGGCCAGCAUGGACUAUGAAGCUCCCAUCAUGCCUUGCGGCUUCAUCUUUCAGCUGCAGCUGUUAACGACCUGGGGCGACCCCUACUACAUCGGCCUCAACGGCCUCGAGUUUUACGACCAACACCACGAGAAGAUCGGCCUCAGUGACAACAACAUCGCCGCUUUUCCCGACAGCGUGAACGUCCUGGACAACGUGAGCGGAGACGUGAGGACUCCGGAUAAAUUAAUAGACGGAGUCAACAGCACCCACGACGGAAGGUGCAUGUGGUUGGCCCCGAUGCUCCCCGGACUGGUGAACCGCGUGUACGUCGUCUUCGAUCGGCCGGUGAAGGUGUCUAUGAUCAAACUGUGGAACUACUCCAAGACGCCACAAAGGGGAGUGAAGGAGUUUGGGCUGUUGGUGGAUGACCUCCUGGUGUAUAACGGCGUGCUGGACAGCGUGAGCCAUGUGGCUCGAGGCAUCCUGCCUACCUGUGAUCCGGUGGUGCCCUACCACACCAUCCUGUUCACUGACGACACCUACAUUGCACACCGCGAGAAGAACACCGUCAUCAGCCCCCGUGGGAGCAGACACGCCCCACGUAACUACGUGGAGGACCAGGAUGUAAAGAUGACCAACGAGAAUCAGAUUGUGCAUCACAACAACAAGAAGCAGACAGCAGAUCCAGCUCUUCGGCCUAAAACCUGCAUGACUGACGGCGGGAAACUCGGAAAGAGGAGGUACUGACGGACAGACAGCGGAUCUGAAAGAGAGGAAGACUGUUUGAGCCCAAUGGACCACUUCUCAACGUUUACUCUCAUUAAAGACCCAAAGCAGCCGUGGUUUGUAAUAGUAGCUCACAUGGGCCACACUGAAGAGAACAGCUUGCAUAGAUAACGGUACACACACACACACACACACACAGGAUUCCACUUUGUGGUUGAAUCCCUUUCCCCCCCCCACCCAGACACUUUAUCCUGAACCUGCACUGUCUGCUGCCCCCCCCCCCUCCCCCCUCCACAGUGCCAGGGUGAACCUGCGAGGCUGCAUUUGAUCAGUCUGUUAUUGUGCCUCGUACUCAACACUAUAUCCGCGGCUGCUACGUGUGACUCGUGUGCUGCAUAUUCAAAAUGCUGCUUGUGGCGUGCAAAUACUUACAAAAUAAAAAUAAAAACAGAAGCUCCGAGGCCACUUGAAUACACUCUGGCAUCAGGGCGUGGCUGAUGUGACGGUUAUAACGAAUGAAUCAUAUCCACUGAUGAGCCUUCGAUAGUCAGCUCUCUGCCUCCAUGAGAACUGACUCACUUCACCCCAUCGUAAUGCUAUGCAGACACUAAUUUAUAUAUAUAAAUAUAUAUGUUAAUGAUUUAUAGCUGUUGGCUAAUAUAUUUACAAGCCAAAUGCUUUUACUUGGAAGUGCUUCCAGAGAGAUUUUCACGAUUAGGUCAGCGGAUUUUUUUCUGCUUUGCAUCAAGGUGAAAAACUAAUUGUUUGCAAUCCAAGUGACCUUUUAUCAAAGUGGAUAUAUGCGGAAGAUUUGAAAGGGGCAGACAUUUCAUGAGCCAUUGAAGCUGUUUUAGAAAUUUGGUUGGAAAUCGAAGAAAAUAAAUCUACAUUUGCCAAUUUCGAUUUUCAGUAGAUUCAGUAACGGGCAACUUCUAAUAUGCAAAUACUAUAACCUUACCUCAAAUUGAGAAUAAUUAUCUUUAAAAAGGGAUUCAUCUGAUUCUACCUUCACUAUAUUUCUUGGUAAUUGAUGUUGUACUAUUAAUUCAUUCAAUAUUUACUGUACUUGUUGCAUGGGAAAUUAGCUGUUAUCUUUAAUUGGUAGACAUUUUUAUUUGGAGGAAUUUUUACCCUUUACUCAUGAUGGGAGUAAUUGUAUAUGAAAUGCACUUUUAUGUGUUUUUAUUUCAGUUCAACAGCAAGAAUGGUCAUUAUUACUCCCAUUCCUGCUCUAUUAUUGUAUGUGUGACAUUUAGGUUUUUUUUUUUUAUUUAAUUAUUUUUCGAAUCUUGAUUAAACAUGUAUAUUUGAUGUUGGUUUAUUUAAAAUGAAUAGAAUAAAGAAUAAAAAAAGGUUGUUGUGAAUUGUGAACUUGUGUGGACUUAUGAAAAGAUUAUAUCUUUUCAGACGUAUAGCUUUGGAAAUGGCAGUCCCGGAUUCUUCCAGGAAAAGUCCUCUCUCCUCUGGUCAUCCCAUUAUUGGUCAUAAAGUACACACACGUACACACACACAACAAACAGGUUAUUGAUACAAAUGUAAUUUCUGAUAUUUAAUUUUCAUUAAACAUGUUAAACCUACGUAUAUAUUAUAUUAAAUAAGAACAUAAAAUAAAUGAUAUAUUGUUUUAAUGAAUAUUUAAUUUAUGGAAAAAUUAUAUAUUUGUCAACGAGUAAGUGAAAUAAAAAUGUGUACGCAUCUAGUAGCUUGACUGCAUAAUACCUGUUUGAAAGUCUAGUUUUAAUCUCGUAGUUUUUUAAAUGUCUUUAAUAAUUCACUUGUUUGUUUCGGCUUGUAAAUAUUUCAUUAUUGUUAAUUUUAUAUUCAGAAGCGAGAGACGAGCCCUCACGAGCCCGUCUCCCCCUCCACUGCAUAAUCCCGGUUUGCAAGUCUAGUUUUAGUCAUUACAUUCUUGAAAUGUCUUUAGUAAUGCAUUUGCAUGUGUUUGUAUUUUCCCUGUAAAUAUUUCAAUGGUUGUUCAUUUUACAUUUAGAAUUUUCUUUUUUUUCUUCUCCUGAUUGUGUUUGGACUUGUUCACCUCGGGGCUAACGUCUGGUGACACCUCAUCUGUCUGUACAAGUUAGGUUCUCAGUUGUCAAACUAUUGGUGAGAGAGGAGCAUCAGCUGCACGUGUGUGUGUGUGUGUGUGUGUGUGUGUGUGUCUAUCUAUAUAUUUACACUGUGAUUUAAUUGGGAUCUGGUCAUUGCGAAAUCUGAAUGGGUAAGAAACAUUUAAUUUCCACAUCAAGAGUUGGUAAAGACACACUGGCUAAGAUUUUUUAAAUUUUCUUUUUCAAAAGUUUAGUUUAUGAUCAUUUGGAGGAAGUAAUUUAUGUUUCUUGUUGGACCGACCCAAAAUCAUAUAAACACAAAAAUACAAUCUUUGUAUUGCUUGCAUAAAAUAACCAAUAGUCAGGUAUCAUGGAAGCUGCUACUGACUGAAUAAAGCGCUACUCUGCAGGGACACUUUU